UAAGACUCAGAAUAGGCCAAAAUUAAAGGAGAGGUGUUCAGAGGGUGGAUGUAGGAAAUCUAGAAGGAACCAUACAUGUUCCUUUGCAUUACUCUUAUGUUACCUUCACAUUACCCUGAUGUUCCUUUUGCAUUACUCUUAUGUUCCUUCGCAUUACCUCAUGUUCCCUUCACAUUACACUUAUGUUCCCUUCACAUUACCCUGAUGUUCCCUUCACAUUGCGUUGAUGUUCCUUUGGGGAAGAGAUUCUCUCUCCUUUGAGGAAGAGACACCGUCAACCGAACCAACGAAUACUUCAUAUUUCAUCAUUGGCCCACCAGUUCAAGAUGUGGUAAAUACCAAUACACCUACACCUGAAACAACUCCCACAACACCUGAGGUUCCAACAACACCUGAAGUUCCGACUACAACAGAAGCCACAACAACCCCUACAACUGCAACAACCCCUACAACAGAAGCAACCACCACUACAACUCUUCCUCCUCCAAGCCCCGCCCCUCAGCCUCCAUUUGCAGGAGCUUCAACUGCAACAAUGACUUGGAGUAUAAUGGCGAUUUGUUUGACUAUGGUUUUGUUGGCUUUGAGUUAUUGAAGAAUUGUGCUGAAGCAAAAAAAGGAAAAAAAGGAAGUGAUGAUAUGAUUUUACUGGGGAGGACGAACACCAACCAAUUUUUUUAUAUUUUUUUUUUUUAAAUUUUCCCCUAUUCAAAACUAUUUUUUAAAAGAUUGAUUUUAUUAUUUAAAUCGUUACAAGUAUUGCUAUUUAUUUUUUUAACGUAUUAUUUAUUUCUUUAUCCAGUAAACAGUAUA